CCGCGGGCUUGUUCAAACGGACCCAGCGUGAGGAUGCGGCGAUCGGCGGCACCGAGCCAGCGCUUCAAGGCGCCAGGCAAGGCCAAAGGCGCCAUGAUGCGCGCAGCCUUCCUGCCUCCACGCACCGCGCACGGCACCGGCACCGCGAAACCAGUCACUGCGGCUGCUUCAACUCGUGCUGCAACCACUUCGUCUUCCGCGCCAGCAUCUACAGCAACAACGCCUGCAAAGGAGUCCAAGGCCACCGCAAGCACCGCAAGCGCCACGCCUGGUGCUGGUUCUGUGGGCACGUCGACGACGCCUGCUGCACGUGGGGCUGGUCUGCCGAAGAAGAGCCCGCUGGGCGCUGUGAAUGGGCAGGCACGAAAGCGCGCCAAGUUUUCCAUGCCCACGCAGAACAUGGAUGUUGUGCGCAAGAAGCAGGAGCAAGAUUCCAAGGACAUGCCCUGGCGCUACUUUUCCGUCGUCUGGUGCAAGUUCAGCCGCAAGAAGCACAAGACCUGGGAGGGCGACGCCAUCUUGCUGGUGCGACACACGACGGCCAUCUUGAAGGACACGGAGGGCAAGGACGUGUCCAAGAGCACGACGAUGAAGGCCAAGGACCUGGCCAGCUUGAAGGAAGGCGAAACGCUGUACUUUGGCGGCAAGGAGAUUGAGAUUAUGGGCACCAUCAGCGAGGAGGCAUACGCAACGGGCAAGUGCUUCCUUGGCGGCGGAGGUGGGGCCACCAGCAACACGCCCAAGCCCCCAGCCAGGCGCGCCCUGCCAAAACCAAAGGCCUUCAAGCGCGUCACUGCCGGCGGUGGGGCCGCUGGGAACGGCAGUGCCUCUGGCGGUGGCCGCACGUCGCCCACGAAGAAGCCCAUCACCCCGCGCUUCGACCCCAACGCGCCAGGCGCCCUGGUCAUCAACCACCCCGCCGGCGCCAAGCACCAGGUGGUCCCCGUUGUGGUUGACCCGCACCUCGGCGUGCACCUCCGCCCGCACCAGCGCGUGGGCGUGGAGUUUCUCUGGCACUCUGUUGUCGGCAAGCCCCACGUGGAGGGCCAGGGCUGCAUCCUGGGCGACGAGAUGGGUCUUGGCAAGACGCUGCAGUGCAUCACGCUCAUCUGGACUGCGCUCAAGCAGAACCACGACGGCAAGCCCCUGGCCCGCCGCGUCAUGGUCGUGUGCCCGGGCAGCCUGGUGCGCAACUGGGAACAGGAGUUUCGCAAGUGGCUCGGGCGCGAGCGCAUCAAGGUGUUUGUGGUCAAGGCCGACAAGCCCGUGCGCGAGUUUGCCGCGGCCAGCGUGUUCUCCGUGCUGCUGCUGUCCUACGAGAUGCUGCUGCGCAACAUUGCCGACGUCAGCAAGCUCAACCUCGACAUUGUUGUGUGCGACGAGGCGCACCGGCUCAAGAACACGAGCGCCAAGACCACCAUGGCCAUGAUGGGCCUGCGCGCCCGCCGCCGCAUUGCCCUCACCGGCACACCCAUCCAGAACGACCUGCAGGAGUUUUUCGCCAUUGUCGACUUUUGUAACCCAGGCAUCCUCGGCACGCAAGCGACGUUCCGCCGGGUGUAUGAGCGGCCCAUCCUGGAGUCUCGGCAGCCCACGGCGACGCCGGCAGAGCGCAAACUCGGCGACGCGCGCGCCACGGAGCUGACGCGCAUGAUCUCCUCGUUCUGCCUGCGCCGCACCAAGGAAAUCAACCUCAGCUACCUCCCGCCCAAGUCGGACUACGUGCUGUUCUGCCGCCCGUCGCAGACGCAGCUGCAGCUGUACCGCGCCCUGCUGCGCUCCACAGCCGUCAAGUCGUGCUUGCAAGGCCGCCUCUCUGCCGGCAGCCACCUCGUCAUCAUCACCGCCCUCAAGACCCUGUGCAACUCCCCAACCAUCCUCUGCCGCAAAGGCCAGCCCGACGCGGGCAGCGGUCGCUCCCGCACACCCAGGCCAAAGAAGAAGGCGACAGCGACGACGAAGAGCAGCAGCAGCAGCAGCAGCAGCGGCAGUGGUGGUGGUGGUGGUGGUGGUGGUGAUGGCAAUGAUGACGACGACGAUGAUGAUAACGAGGACGAUUUCGUGCGGGAUUUGAUGGUGGAGGAGCUUGGGCGGCCUGCGCUGUCCACGCUGGACGACGUGGAGGACGUGUCGCUGUGCGGAAAGAUGCAGCUGCUCUCGCACAUGUUGCAGCACUGGCGUGCGCACCCGGCCAACGAGCGCGUGCUCAUCGUCUCCAACUCCACCAAGGUGCUUAGCCGCGUGCAGGCCCUGUGCGAGCAGUGCGCUUACCCGUUUCUGCGCCUGCAGGGCAACACGCCCACGCACAAGCGCCUUGAGCUUGUGAACCGCUUCAACAGCCGCGUGCGCGACGACUUUGUGUUUCUCAUGAGCAGCAAGGCCGGUGGCGUCGGCCUCAACAUUGUCGGCGCCUCCCGCCUCAUCCUCUACGACACGGACUGGAACCCAGCCAACGAUCUGCAAGCCAUGGCACGCGUGUGGCGCGAUGGGCAGAAGCGACACGUGUACGUGUACCGCUUCCUGACCACAGGCACGAUUGAGGAGAAGAUUUACCAGCGGCAGGUGCACAAGCAAGGCCUGAGCGGCUCUGUCGUGGACAAGCAGGGCAGCAAGAAGACGGCGGGCACGAAGCAGGUUGCUGGUUUCUCCAUGGAGGAGCUCAAGGACAUCUUCUCCCUGCGUGAGGACACCAAGUCGGACACCAACGACCUGCUCAAGAAGUUUGCUGGCGAGGAUGGCAGUGGCAGCGGGCGCCAGAAGUCUGCCUCGCUCUCCCUCGACACGCUGCUGACGUGGAAUCGGCAGCUGGCGCCGUUUGACCACGCGCGCUUUGACGACGAGGCGCUCAGGGCCGUGGACGACGCAGCAGGGGGCUUGCUCACGUGCGCGUUCCACACGAGCUCCAAAGACGGCGGCGCUGGCGACGUGGACAAGGAGGUGGCUUCGGCCGUGCUCACCGAAGCUGCCAGCGGUGACGACAAUGAUGAGGAAGACGCAGACGAAGGAGACGAGGAAGCAGAGGAGGAGCAAGGGGAAGGAGAAGAGGAGGAGGAGGAGGAGGAGGAGGAGGAGGAGGAAGGUGAAGAGGUGAGCAAGGAGGCAAGCAAAGCCGGCAGCAGCAUCAACACGAGGAGCACGAGCAGCAGCAGUGGCAGCAGUGUGCAGCAAGGAUGGUCCAACAACCUCGACACCCGCGAGCUUGUGCUGGAAGACGAUGAUGAUGACGAUGACGCGUUUGUGCCCUGAUGUGGUCAGCGCAGCCAUGCAAAGAAGCCAGUGUUCGUUGUCCUUCUUCGGUUUCUGUGGUAAUUGAUUGAUGAUUGAUUUCUCUUCAACUGACAGACAGACAGACACAGUGUCCUAAAAGUGCAGCAGCCUGCUGACGCGAGAAGCAAUAAACAAACAGCUUCAGG